AUGCCGAGCAAUCGGGAUUCGGGCAAUUACGACAUGAUCGACCUAGACCUUUAUCUCACGUCAAUUCCAACACCUCCAGCGCGUCCCCCUGUGGGCUACACUUACCCUCCAGGGUGGCUUGAUGGUGAGGCCAGGUAUGGACCUCGAGUUGGUCAGAGUGGCAAGCUCAUGCAAUACCUGCCUUCCAGAUGUCAAGCUAUUCAAGGGCUUGGACCGAUCAGGAGUCAAGGCCCAAAUCGAAAAGUUGCGGAAGAUCUAUAGUGAUCAGCUGAACAGCGUCGCCGGCGUCGAUCUCAAAAAGGCGAUGAGCAAUUUUAGCGACGCCACUGGGAUGGUCUUCCCUCCAAACGACCUGCAGCAUCAGGACGAACGUCGACCCCAAAUGGACUGGGAUGAAAGCACCUUUGGAGCGCUCGCUGCCGGCGUCUGUGCCCUCAAUGAAAGCGUCAAGACUGCUAUCCAGGCCUUUGGCCUUGAAGGCAAACAAGUGAAGAGUAUCGACUACUCUGACUCCCAGAAGAACAUAGGGGGUGUCUAUGGCACUCGUAUAGAGUUGUACAAACAGGACAUGAGUGGGCAGUACUUCGCACCUCGACCGGGAUUCGCUAUCAGACGCAAUUCCCUCCAAAAUGAGGCCGACUUCUCAACCGUGACAAGAUACAUCGCAGCCACCAAUGACGAACCGGACGGCGAUGCCAGCUAUCCUGUGCUGGCACACCGCAUGGGGGUCGCAUUGCGAAAAGACGCACAGGGAAAGGAGAGCGUGCAGCCGGCACUGCUAAAAAAGGCUGCCAAUUACAUGUACGGAUUGACCCUUCACGAGCUUGGCCACUUUUCACAGUAUUGCAACGCCCCUGUGUGGGACCUGGAAGUCAAGAAAGCCAAGCACCAGUCUCGAUUUUACAACGAGCUGACUAAAUUGGCACUCGCAAGAGGCCAGGCUGAGCCCUCAUACUGGUGUCGCGGCAAGACACAGACCAUUUCGAAGCACCUAUACGACGUGGGCUGUCAAAUUUCAGAGGAGGCUGUUGCAGCGACCAACUGGCACGAUCAAGUUGGUCUCGAAGCUCCGUUCAAGAAGCUUAGCCAGUGGUUUCCGAAAGGGGCCAGCGUGCGCAACGCAGUUGGCAAUACCAUUUUUGACAAGUACGACUUCGACGAGCACGUCGAAGGUGCAGCGCUCAAAGAGUACAGGGUCGAGCUCGAGAAUGCCAAGAUCUCCGCUACAGAGGAGGAGAAGUACGUACAGAAGCUGAUCAAUCUGGUCAACAUUGCUAAAGAGUGGGUUGAGCUGCGUAUCAGCUACGAGUACCAGCUCUCGAAGCAAGCUUGCAACCUCGUCAACCUUGUCAAAGUGUUGGAUGCAGCGCACAGGGGCGACACGACCAUCCAGCCUCCCCGCGGCUUGGACGUCGUCGUCGAAUUCACGUGGUACUUGAGACAAUUUUAUGAUACCGCGCAGAAGAAGACUAUCGCGGCUAUCGGCGAAGAGCUCAAGAAACCCCUCUCAAGGGCUGCUGGCAAAGAAGAGGUUGAGCGCCGUCAGUUGAUGAAUGCCAUCUGGCAAGAUGUAUACCCAGACUUAUUCAAAAUCAAUCAGCUGAAGACCAGUCAGACUGACCCCGAUGAGCUUCAAAGGCUCGAAGCUCGACGCUAUGAGCGAGUCUUUGCAUUCGGUGAGUGUAUCGAAUCAAUAUCGGGUGCCGGCCUCACGGACUCAUCAAAGUUUGCACUUGCACGCACAUACUCAGGCGCUUCUCAAAAGUUCUUCAAUCGUUUCGCCAUGGAGUUCCACGCUGAGCUUACCAAGGUAUCUAAAGGCGCCCCGGAGGAGUUUCUGCUCAAUCCGGUCCGGGACCAGAGGCAGGUCGGCGCCGCGUCCUUAGACAAAGAUUUGGAUUGGAGGCUGCCUCGCGACAAGGAGAGUCGCGGGAAAUGCCCCACGGAGAAGCAGCUGGGCAUCUUGUUCGAGUAUUCUAUAAGCGAUCGCCAUUUGUACGACGGUGACAAACCGGCCGUCUUCCCUGCAGAUCCGUACGAGGCGUUUAUUGCAAGACCAAUUUGGGCGCCCAAGCCCAAGGUUCCUUGA